GCGCAGCUGACGAGUAGCGUUGCUGCCGGCCCUUCUGAGCCCUGCGGCCCUGCUGGCCGCGAUCCCGCGUUCCUUGAACCAUUAACCCCUAGGGCAGCCUUCCCCUCGGGCACUGCGAGGCCCGCCGAGCUUGUUCCCCGUCCAGUCUGGGCCCCCACCCCGGAACUGCCGCCUCAGUGGGGCCGGCGGGGCGUUUUUAACGAAACUUCCUGGCAUUGUGUGCUCACACGCAUCAUAACUGCCCCAAGGUUCCUGCAGCCCCAGCCAUCCUGGAUGUCCGUCUCCUAAAGUCUGCAGGCGGAACGAUCCGCCGCAUCUGGCUGCCACGCUCUGGCUCUCUGUGGUUCUGACCGCCGCUCUAAGGACGGCAGGCGGUCUUUACUAAAGCGUUAAACGGCGCGAGGUCAUUGCGCAUAAGCUCUCAGAGCUGCAGGACCUUAGAGAUGACCGCUACCACGAUCGCAGCGCCUCCCACGGUCGGGCCCUACUCCAAACACUUGACGGGUGCUGAGGCGUGUAUCCCUCACCACGGCCCGACCAUGGAUUUUGAUGGCUCUGAACAAGAUCCUGAAAUGAAGACAUAUUCUACUGUCUGUGUUGGCAGAGAAGACGAUAUUAAAAAGUCUGAAAGAAUGACAGCUGUUGUCCACGAUAGAGAAGUGGUCAUUUUCUACCACAAAGGAGAAUAUCAUGCUAUGGAUAUUCGCUGUUACCACUCAGGAGGACCUUUACAUUUGGGAGAAAUAGAGGAGUUUGAUGGACGACCAUGUAUAGUUUGCCCCUGGCAUAAAUACAAAAUUACUUUGGCAACAGGAGAAGGACUGUAUCAGUCUAUAAACCCUAAAGAUCCAUCAGCAAAACCCAAGUGGUGUUCCAAAGGAAUAAAGCAAAGGAUUCAUAAAGUGACAGUGGACAAUGGGAAUAUUUAUGUGACUCUUUCUGAUGAGCCUUUUAAGUGUGACUCUGAUUUUUAUGCCACUGGAGUCUACAAAGUAAUUCAGAGUUCUUCCUGAUAAAAUUAUAUGACAAUGAAAAAUGUGUAUGUUUUGGAAGUACUUUUAGAAUAACCUUGCUUCAAUACCAAAGGUGAUUAACUGUUUCCAACAGAGACACAGUUAUUAUUUUUAACAAUCAUAUAAAUGAGAGGUUCAAAAGCACAUGUACUUAGUAUGAUGUAAGGAUCACCAUCAGGACCUAUAAAAAACAUUCCAUCCAAUCUUCUGGAUUGAGUGGAAGCUUAAGGUUAUAGGUUUGGAAUGUGCAUUAGAAUGUGAAAGAUGAAAAUAAUCUGGAGAAACCAAAGUGAAGAAAAGCAGAAAAAAAAAUUACAAAAAAUUUGGGGGGUAAAUUACUACUUGAUACAGCAGACCUUAUCAGGGAAAAAUUUUAAUAUAUACAAAGUAAACAAAGUAAUAUGACAGACUCUUAUCACCCCCCUUCAAUAAUUAUCAGCAUUUUUCCAUUCUUGUUUCAAUGAUCUUUGCAUGCAUUCCCCACCUUCCCUGUCGAUUGUUUUUUUGUUUUUGUUUUUUUUUAGAUAAAAUUUAAACACAUUGAAAUGCUUAAAUCUAAACUGUUCAGUUUUUCCAAAUAUAUAGCAGACUUUUUUACACUUAAAAAUGGGAUCAAUUUACAUGCUGAAUUUAAAAAUAAGAAAGUUAAUUUGCCUGAUAUCAAAACCAAAUAAACCUUGGCUCCGUUUCUCUCCAGUCAAGGCAGACAGUCUCAAAAUAAGGAAGACACACACAACUGCUGCCCAGCCAUAGGAGAUGUGAAAUCUGUUCAGUGAGCCAAAGUACUCUCAAUGCCUCUAUGAAAUUUCAAAUAAAGGUUUUUUUCAUUUGAUUUUUAGAGCAAAUAAAUGUGUGUACAACCAAGUGUUUCAUGUAAAUGUUAUAGAGAAGAGGUAUAAGGUGGUGUUCCUCAGAGUCCUUUCUGCUGAGUUCACAGAAAGGCUGAUGUUGAGUUGGUUCACCGCACUUUUUCCAUGCCAGUGAUUUAUGGACAGCGCUGUUCUGGCUGCCUCGUGCACACACUGUACUAUAAUACCCUGGGUACUGAUCAUCUAUAACUCAGCACACAGUAGAAUAUACAAGUAAGUGGGACCAGAAAGAACUUAAGAUGAACAGAUUAUGAAUUCAGAGUGAGAAAAGCUGUUUGUCAAAACUGGAACCUUGUCUAAAACCACAGUAAUCUUCGUGGCACAGGACUGAAUUAAGUCUGCAAACAUAAUACUUAAUAUUCUAAGGGGCCCACAUGGACCCUUCCCCUUGGUUACUGUAAAAAUUAGUUAAUAAAUUAUGUAUCAUUAAGACUGUGCUUACAGAACCCUUUGCUACGUAUUACAUUUUUUUUCUGAUGCUAUCCAUAAUCCAACACUCGCUAUUCAUUAGACUACUAAUGAGCCAAGAUUGUGCUUUUUAUAAAUACUGUUUAUGCUAGCAGCUACCCACCAGGUACAGGAAAUGUACCAUCUCUGGGAUGAGUAUAUCCCAGCCUAUUACAUCAGGUGCUGAUCCUCCAAUUACUUAACAUGUGUCUAGAAUUUAAAACUCAUGGAAGAAACCAAAGUACCUUCUGCAGGCAAAACCAUGACUCUGGCUUGCGGGGCCACAGAAGCAUUUCUUCUCAGGAUCCAAUGGCAACAAUGAGUAAUAAGGACUUGAUUUCUGAUUCUAAAUUAGUCCCUCUAAAUGUAAUAAUAAAAAAUGUUAUGUCAUGCCCUGUUCUCAUAUACAGAAAUCUUCUCAUCAGAGUUGUAAAUAUUUUGUUUUAUAAGUUUAUGAUACCUAUGAAUUACAAGUCCUUCAUAACUUUAUAGACGAGUUUUAAAAGAAUUGAUAAUAAGCAGAUUCAAACUAUGCAGCCUGUAGAUAGAAAAUAUAUCCUUUUGUUAUCUCUGAAAAAGAUAUGUAGCAUUUUAAUAGUUUUUUUCUCUCCCAGAUAAAUAAUUGGAAAGAUACUCUAAAUGAGCCUCCAAUAAAAGCAUAAAUAUAUUAUAAACAUGCCUAUAUUAUAAACUGCAGCAUAGAGUCUAACCCACCAAAGGGUACAUUUUCUUGUUCAUUAAAAAAAUCACAUAGUCAUACAUAUAUUCUACAUCAAGAUUCAUUUUAUUUUCUCUACCAUAUAAAUUCUUGAAAAUGACAUUUUAGCCGUAGUCCCUGUACUUUUUUUAGAGCAGAGCAGUCAGUUUAUGAAAACUAGUUUCCUGUUUUUUUCAGAUGAAAUAUCAUUAGGUAGAUAACUCUUAAGCUCUGUCCAGUGAUACUUAUCUUUAGAUUCGCUCAGUGAUUCAUUUCAGUUGAUUGGUCAAACACAGAAUGUAAAACCUGGAUCUUAUUACUCAACUUAUUAGCAGGAAGUUUGGGCUGAUCUGAAAUACUGUCUGGCUUCUCCGGUAAAGACCUAUAAGGUUUUGCUUUGAUUUCACCUUCAGGAUACAGAAGCUCAGAAAGCACAGGCUCAGAAAAGGCUUUUCUAAGAUUUUCACUCUCCUCCCUGUUUUGCCUUAUGGAUUCUUCUUCUUGGAGAAUUUUCUUUACCUUCUCCAGCACAGCAUUAACACAGACUGCCUAAUAAAAAAAAAAA